CAUGGCGAUGUAGCUGUCAAAUUGAUCGGGAUGCUAAGAGAUUUGCAAUGUUUUUUGGAUAUUUAGAGUGACUUUUAAAGAUUCCCAGCGCUUUAAACUGGUUCCGUUUUCAUAGUUUAGUCGUUUGUUUUCGUUUCUGUUGACUCCUAGCUGCUCGCGCGACAGUUAAACAUCAAAAUGCACUCCGUGAAGGUCGGCUGUUUGGCUUCGGCUGCAUCGCGAGCUCUCAGCUCAUGUGGAGUCCACUGUCGUGAGUUUCUUAAAGUGUCUGCUUGCUCUCAUGGUCAGUGCUCUGCUAAUCAGACUCGUUUUUGUCGCUCAGCGGCCUCGCCAGAGGUGACAGUUAUCCGUAUUCCUCGCGACAUGCAGAAGCACAUUGAAAAUGUGAAACAGACUCGAGGCAAGUACAAGAUCAACAACAUCAAAGCCGGAAAGCUCCUGAUCCAGAGCAAGAACCCUGAUCUGAACCAGUCUGCUGCAUACACUCUGGGGAAGUUUGAGCAGCCUGUUUUGUGCUCAAAAGGAUGGAAACAUGUCAAAUCAUUCGGUGACUAUUUCACCAUAAACAACAUCAAGAGUGUUGCACCUUUUGUGGUUGAAAAUCAGAAUGAGGACGAGGAACAGAGAGCAUCUAUGACAUUUCAUAACCUCCGCAUCUGCAAGGAGCUGGUGGAAGCUUUGAACAGUAUUAACAUUACCCAUCCCACCACGGUGCAGCUGCAGACCAUCCCAAAAAUCAUGAAAGGUCAUAAUGUUCUCUGUGCCGGAGAGACGGGCAGUGGGAAAACACUAAGUUACCUCCUGCCUAUUGUGCACAGGCUGCAGGCUGAAAAGGAACCAGAGAUGUACGAUGAAAAAGAACACAAUAUUCGUGCUGUGGUUCUGGUGCCUUCCAGAGAGCUCGCCGAGCAAGUGGCGGCUGUGUCAAGGACACUGUGUGCUCCAUUAGGCUUUGUGACGAGGUCUGUGGGUGGGGGGCGAGGUGUUGGUCACAUAAAGGAAGUCUUCAAGAGGGAUCAUCCAGAUAUUUUAGUGGCCACACCAGGUGCGCUGGUCAAGGCCCUGCGGAGACGCUAUUUGGACUUGAGCCAGCUGAGCUUCUUUGUGGUAGACGAGGCUGACACCAUGUUCGACCCCAGCUUUUCUGACAUGCUAGAGAACAUCCUCAGCCACACAGACAUUGCUAGUAAUCCCAAGGAAACACAAGGCCUCAGCCGUAAGGCCCAGCUGCUGGUGGUCGGGGCCACCUUCCCCGGGGGUGUCGGGGAAGUGCUCAGCCAGGUGACAGAUCUUGGCAGCAUGGUGGUCAUCAAGAGCAAGAUGCUGCACUUCCUCAUGCCACACGUCAAGCAGACGUUCCUGAAGGUAAAGGGUUCUGACAAGAUCCUGGAGCUCAACCAAGCAUUGAAGCUGCUCCAACAGAAACAAGGAGGAGGUGCUGCUCUGGUGUUCUGCAACAAGUCUGCCACCGUCAACUGGCUGGGGUACCUGCUGGAAGAGAUGGGGGUGAAGCACGCACGUCUGCAAGGGGAGAUGCCCGCUGCUGUGCGUGCAGGAAUCUUCAAAUCCUUCCAGAAGGGCCUGGUCGAUGUGCUGAUCUGCACUGACAUUGCUUCACGAGGCCUGGACACAUCCCGAGUGCACUUGGUUGUCAACUAUGACGCCCCAGAAUCUCACACAGACUACAUCCACAGAGCCGGGAGAGUGGGGAGGGCAGGAGGGGUGGAGGAUGGGGAGGUGCUCAGCUUUGUCACUCAUGCGUGGGAUGUGGAGCUGGUGCAGAAGAUUGAGACUGCUGCACGUAGGAGAAGUAGUUUGCCAGGGAUGGAAUCUGAAAUGCGUGUGCCAAAACCCAAAGUAGCAGAGGCGGAGGAGUAGAAAUGUGUUUUUUGUAUGUUUGCAAAUAGAAAAGCCUCUGGUGAAAAUGUUACUGUAUGUGUUUUGUUGGUACUGAAAUGUAGAAAACAUUGUCAGCAGAAUUAAUCAGACAGAUUUGUUCAAAACAGAAUUAUAGGUGGCUGUUUUUCUUUUUUCUUUGCCUAAAACACUUUAUUGUAUAUAUAUUUUUUAAAUCAAGAAUAAAAUUGCCCAGUUAUGCUUGAUCGUG